CUCUUUCCCUUUCCUGCUUAACAGAGCUGAAACGGUAGGUGCAGCUGAAGACCAGUCUCCAUGGAUGGAUCCACGAUUUUGAAGAGAGCCAAAAACAUUCUGCAAAGCUGUGAAAUAGGAGAAGAGAGACCAGGAGCAGCUAGCAGACCACAAAAAUUCCUGAAGAAAGGCAUAAUGGCCCAAGCGACGACACCAGCAUUAUCAGGUCAUGAUGAAGAGACCUCUGAAAGCAGAAUGGUGGUUACCUUCCUUAUGUCAGCACUGGAGUCAAUGUGUAAAGAACUUGCCAAGUCCAAAGCAGAAGUCGCUUGUAUUGCUGUGUAUGAAACAGAUGUGUUUGUAGUCGGAACGGAGAGAGGAAGAGCCUUUGUCAAUACAAGGAAAGAUUUUCAGAAGGAUUUUGUUAAAUACUGUGUUACUGAAGAAGAAAAAGCUGCAGAACUGCAGAAAAGAAAGACAACAUCACCUUUAAAUCGGCUGACAGUGGAUGCUGUUGAAUUGGAAGCUCUCAAAAAAUCUGUGGAGGAUUUCUUUUGCUUUUGCUAUGGUAAAGCUUUAGGAAAGUCCACAGUAGUCCCUGUGCCAUACGACAAGAUUCAAAGGGACCAGUCUGCAGUUGUAGUGCAGGGCCUUCCAGAAGGACUCGCGUUUAAACAUCCAGCAAAUUAUGAUGUUUCAACACUGAAAUGGAUUUUGGAAAAUAAAUCGGGGAUUUCAUUUAUCAUCAAAAGGCCUUUCCUUGAGCCAAAGAAACACCUAGGAAUUCAUAUGACAGAUUCUGCACAUACAGUUACACCUGCAGGUGGAAGUUGCAGUUCUGUCCAGGUGAAAACAGAACCAAAUGAGGAUUCUGGAAUUUCACUGGAAAUGGCAACAGUGACCGUAAAAGAGGAAUCGGAGGAUCCGGACUACUAUCAAUAUAAUAUUCCAGCAGGCCCCUCAGAAACAUCUGAGAUCGAUGAAAAGAUUGCACUUGCAAAGACAUACACAGGAAGCCACCAGGGUUCCGAUUGCAGUGAAGGAACAGAUGUGGAAAUACCGGUAGAAGAUUCGUCUCAGCACGCCCCUUCCGAAACAAGCGAAGACCCUGAAGUUGAGGUCACCAUUGAAGAUGAUGACGACUACUUGCCACCCAACAAAAGACCGAAGAACACAGAGUCGACAAAUGAAGCAGCCAAUACUGGGAGGAGAAAAGUGAGAGAGUUCAAUUUUGAGAAAUGGAAUGCCCGAAUUACAGACUUGAGAAAACAGGUUGAAGAAUUAUUUGAAAGAAAAUAUGCUCAAGCUAUAAAAGCAAAAGGUCCAGUGUCUAUCCCAUAUCCGCUCUUUCAAUCGCAUGUUGAAGACUUGUAUGUAGAAGGAUUGCCAGAAGGAAUUCCUUUCCGACGGCCCUCCACCUAUGGGAUCCCUCGUCUUGAGAGGAUACUACUGGCAAAGGAGCGGAUACGGUUUGUGAUUAAGAAACAUGAGCUUUUGAAUUCAACACGGGAAGAUGUACCAUUGGACAAACCAGUUGCAGGAGUGAAAGAAGAAUGGUAUGCCCGAAUCACCAAGUUAAGAAAGAUGGUAGAUCAGCUUUUCUGUAAGAAAUUUGCUGAGGCACUGGGCAGUACUGAGCCUAAGGCUGUACCGUAUCAGAAGUUUGAAGCGCACCCCAACGAUCUCUACGUAGAAGGUCUUCCUGAGAACAUUCCAUUUAGGAGCCCGUCCUGGUAUGGAAUUCCUCGGCUGGAGAAAAUCAUUCAAGUGGGCAACCGAAUAAAAUUUAUAAUCAAAAGGCCAGAACUACUAACUCUCAGUCCAACAGAGGUUACUCAGCCAAGAUCAAAUACGCCAGUCAAAGAAGAUUGGAAUGUCAGAAUUACAAAACUAAGGAAGCAAGUGGAAGAAAUAUUUAAUAUGAAAUUUGCCCAAGCCCUAGGGCUUUCGGAGGCAGUGAAAGUUCCCUAUCCUGUAUUUGAGUCAAACCCCGAGUACUUGUACGUUGAAGGCUUGCCAGAAGGAAUCCCUUUCCGAAGUCCCACGUGGUUUGGAAUUCCACGCCUUGAGAGAAUUGUCCGUGGCAGUGGCAAGAUCAAAUUUGUUGUUAAAAAGCCAGAGCUUGUCACUUCCUAUUUGCCUCCUGGAUUGGCUAGUAAAAUAAACACUACAGCAAUGAGUCCAAAGAGUUCAAAGAGAGCAAGAAGUCCUGCAAGCAAUUCAAAGGUUCCAGAGAUUGAGGUUACUGUUGAAGAAGGUCCUAAUAAGCCACCAGCGACAGAAGUUCGAACUAAUCCUCAAACCAAUGGAUCCAAUCUGGGCUUCAAGCCACGAGGAAGAGAGUUCUCUUUUGAGGCUUGGAAUGCCAAGAUUACUGACCUAAAACAGAAAGUUGAAAAUCUUUUUAAUGAAAAAUGUGGGGAAGCUCUGGGGCUUACAGAACCUGUGAAGGUUCCAUUUGCAUUAUUUGAAUCUUACCCAGAGGAUUUCUACGUGGAAGGUCUACCUGAGGGAGUACCUUUCCGUCGACCAUCUACUUUUGGCAUUCCAAGGCUGGAGAAGAUCCUCAGAAAUAAAUCCAAGAUAAAAUUCAUCAUCAAAAAGCCUGAGAUGUUUGAGGCAGCAAUUAAGGAAAACUCUGCUAAAAGCCCUCAGAGAAAAACCAACUCUAAUACAGCCAAUACAACAAGCACCACAACGAAUACGGUGACGAACACAGCUGCAGGUGUUGAAGAUCUUAACAUCAUACAAGUGACUAUACCAGAUGAUGAAAGUGAAAGAUUAUCAAAGGUAGAAAAGGCCCGACAGCUGAGAGAGCAAGUAAAUGACCUGUUCAGCCGGAAGUUUGAGAGAAAACGUCGUCAAAAUAAAGAACGUCAACAACGUUGGAGAAUGAGACAGACUGUACAGCAAUCUGCUGAAAGAAGACAAUUAGAUGCAAGUAGAAAAAGUUAUGCACGAAACAAUGAAUCUGAGGACCAAGCUACACGAAGAAGGCUAUUGGACUUGAGGCGACAUCAAGAGAGGCGUGCAAAUGAGACACAAGAGGAGGCUGCUGUGAGAAGAUGGUUAGAUGCACAACGCCAUAAAAAACGCCGUGCAAAUGAGUCCCAAGAAAAUGCCGCUGCGAGAAGACAGUUAGAUGCACAAUGCCAUCAAGAGCGCCGUACAAAUGAAUUGCAAGAGAAGGCUGCUGUGAGAAGACAAUUAGAUGCCAGACAACAUCAAGACAGCUGGGCAAAUGAAUCGCAAUUUGAAAUUCAUCCGUCAUUCAUGACGGAGCUGAUGGAGAAACCCGAGUCAGAAGCGCCGGCACCGGCCCCAGCACCACCAGCACUACCAGAGCCAGCUGAACCAAGCCAGAUAGAAGUAUCGGUAGGAGAGGUUACAGAAGCAGAAGAAAAUUCUCAAAUAAAACAAGAGCCGGACCCAACGUGGUAGACCUCCACCAAUACUAGGUCAGAAGCAUCCAGUUCCAAGAAGAGAUUGCUGGGCCUGUCCUGAGCUGUGUAAUAUAACUGUAUAAGAGAAGUACCUUCUAUACAAACCCUUUUUGUACUUUUAGAUAGAAAUGUCUACUUUUUCAGCAGUUCUGUGAAUUGACUUAAAGCAAUGAAUGACUGUAGAUUUCGAAUGGCUGGUUUUACUUUGGGAUAUAUUAUGACUAAAUUUUGAUGCAGCAAUGCUGGAAAAAUGACAGGGAUUAAUCGAGAAUUUUGUUUAAAAAAAACCCAAAAGAUAAAUCAACAGGGACUUACAGAGCCGUCUGCGUUUCCCAAUAAAGCUGAAUUUUACUGCACCUGGACGCAUCUGUUUUUGGAUGAAGAAAAAUGCCUACAGUAGUUCAGUUUGUUAGGGUUUUUUUGAGGGGGGUGGGGAAAUCAUUAACUAACUUUUGGUUCUUACUCCUUUACUGGCUGAUUGGACUAUAGUAUCUGUAUAUUUGAACUAAUUUUUCCUAUGGUAUCUAUCACAAUUCAUAUGUUUUUCAUAAAUAAAAGAUGAACUGGUUCACCUGACAGUCAGUAUGCAUUAAUAGAAUGGACUGUGAAAUGUUCAGUAUUUCAGUGUGUCUUGGAAACCAACUGAAAUGGCAACCUUCUGGUAUUUUGCUCCAUUAUUUUCAAGUGAAGAGUGCAUGUGUUCAGAGUACCAUAUGAUUUAUGUAAACUGGAUCCUGUCUUGCAGUCAGAAUACAGACAGAACUCCCGUUGACUUAUGUGAGUUUACGCCUGCGGCGGGAUCGUGCUCUUUGAUUAAUUUAGAAGUAGUUAUGGAAAUUUAUGCAACUAAUCUGCUGUAAGUCCUAGUAUGUCAAGAGUUCAGUCACCUGUAGUCCUUUCUAAUUGCUCCCCGCAUCAUGUAAGAGACAAAUGUUAGCGUUUUUAAACUUCACAAACCCUACGAGAUGUAAAAUGCUGGCUGUAUGAUGAGCUCUGUAGAAGAGAAUAUGGAGUAUUUGUAAAGAUUUCUCUCUUCUUGGCAUGAGUUUGGGAUGACUGCAUUAUGCACAAAUGCAAAAUCUUAUUCCCUGAUUGAGAAAUAAAGAAAUUUCUGGUGGUUUUCA